CCGGGCGGGAGCAGUAGCUGCAAGCUGACUGACGCUCAGGGUGCACGAGCUCUUUGCGAUCCGGCUCCUUGAUUCCAGCACCAUGCCUUGGGCAUUCCUGCUUCUGUGCUUGUCCAGCACCCAACUCGCUUUCUCUGGGUCUCUCUAUUUCCAGCUAGCGGGGAACGAGAGUGGAGAGGCGUCUGCCGGUCACUCAGAGAAACUCUUCCAGCGGUUUGUAGCGAAGUACAAUCGGAGCUACUCGGCAGGGGGCCCCCAGUUUAUUCACAAAUACCAAGUGUUUCAGGAAAGCAUACAGAGACACUACACUAUGAAUCUUGUUUCUUCAAUCUUGCCGAAUGAAAGUGGCUCUGCUAUUUAUGGAAUUAACCAGUUUUCUGAUAUGUCGUCUGAAGUAUUCAGAGCAACAUAUUUAAGUUCAAGAUCAGUACAGCUUCCCAAAUACACAUCUCUUCUCAAGGAUGCCAAGAGGCCAGCAUUACCAUCAAAAUUUGACUGGAGGGACAAGAAUGUUGUUACACCUGUGCGAAAUCAGGAAUCUUGUGGUGGAUGUUGGGCAUUCAGUGUUGUGGAGAGUAUUGAAUCUUCAUGUGCAAUCAAAUGGGGGCAACUGGAGUUGCUGAGUGCACAAGAGGUUAUAGAUUGUUCUUACAUGGAUGCUGGUUGCAAAGGUGGCUCACCUAUCAGUGCACUGAUGUGGCUAAAUCAGAGCAAGGCAAAAGUGAUGAAAGAGUCGGUAUAUCCUUUCAAUGCAAAAACUGGAAUGUGCCAUUAUUUUUCAAGGUCUAUACGUGGUGUAACAAUCACAGGCUAUAAAGCAUACAGCUUCAGAGAGAAGGAUAAAACAAUUAUGGAUCCAGGGCUCAAUGCUGCCUUUUUGAGGGCUCUUAAUACUAUGGAGGAGGAAGGAGGGAGAGACGAUGACAAGUGCAAGUUCAGGAAGAGGCCACACCAGAGGUCCAGGGUGAAGGAGGACCAAAGCAAGAACAUGAGGGUCAGGAGGAUAGACCCAGACAACGGAGGCAACUCGCCAGAUCUAGGGUAUACAUAUUUACAGAUGAGUUAGAGACAAUGCUGUGCACACUUGCACUUGUCCCAAGAUCUGGUAGAUCACUGCAUUCUUCAUGAAGACCUAACAUCCUUUGGAAUGGGAGACUACCCUUGCCAUUGGCUUUAAAGGUCAUCACCAUGCUGAAUUUCUUUGCCUGCAAGUCAUCCCAGGGAUCCACAGGGUCCAGGGUACAGCAUCUCACACUCCACACAUAGAUGCAUCAAAGAGGUCACAGAUGCCCUCUACAGCAAGGCACAAAAGGUUUGCUCUUGAUGAAGAUAGCCAAGCUGCGAGAUUCAACAGCUUCGCAGCAAUCUCAGGCUUCCCAAGAAUGUAAGGUGCAACUGACUGCACUCAUGUGGCUUUCAGGUCUCCAUGGCAGCAGCUCCUAAUGUUUAUCAACCAUAAAGGCUUUCAUUCCCUCAUUGCUCAAAAGUUGUUUGAUCAUUGGGAGCAUAUAAUGCACGAUUGUGCCAGGUACCCUGCAAGUUGCCAUGACUCAGACAUCCUGAAUCACUCCCAGGUGCCUGAGAUUUUUGAAGGUCCUGAGUUUCUGCAGGGGUGGCUGCUUGGGGAUGAGGGGCACUCACUGAAACGCUAGCUGAAGACACUGGUGAGUCAGCCUCAGAGUGGUUUGGAGGAGAGGUACAACACAGCUCACAGCUCCACAUGGUCCCUAAUCGAGCAGACCAUUGGCAUUCUGAAGAUGCACUUCAGAUGUUUGGACCACUCAGAUGGCCCACUACAGUCCACUCCCGAAGGCUUUCCCGCAUCAUCACUGUGUGUUUUGCCCUUCACAACCUGGCACUGUAAAGAAGUAAUCCCUUGCCAGAGGGUGAAAUGGAGGAGGAUGAGAACUCCUCGGAGGAUGAAGAUUAGGAGGCUGGGAAGCUGAAGAGGGUGGUGCCAUAGAAGAAGCAAGAUGUGGGAGGUGUGCCUGUGACCUCUGAAUUGCAACCAGAUUCUAGCAGGAGUAAAGUGAAGACGGGAGAUGGCCACAUUUCUCUUGGCCCUGAAUGCCAUUCCAUAUCAUUAAAAGGGAUGUCCAACUGUCACAUCGAGAGCUGGGUCAUCAUCCACACUUGCUGCAUUCAGAAUUUCCAGCCGCAAGAUUCACCAGGCCAUGAUCUCUAUGACCUCAUGUAUUAUGUGCUCACUCUGGGAAGUGAGAGUCCACUCAACAGCGAGAAUGCUGCAAAAACUCACUUGAAAUAGUUGUCGCCACAUUAAUGAGAAGGGGUUACAAGCAUGUUAAUCACAUAUUUCCAAUAAAGAUUUUUACACAUCUCCCUGACA